GAUGGAUUGUUGGUUGGUUGCUUGGUUUGUUUGUUUGUUGGUUAGAUGGAUGGAUGGAAAUUUGCCUUUUUCUUACGUAAAUAAGAAUUUUGGUUUUUCAAAAAAUUCAGUUUGUAUCCGACUACCAAAUGCAACGAACGGGUUUAGCGGCAAUCAGAAAAGUGUUUAAAUUCCAUUUGACUACAAAAUUUUCAAAAAAUUCAUUAACUUGUGUAUUUACCAGAAUUAAAUAAUUUUCAUCUAAUAAAUACUUACUAUGAGAUGAUUAAGAGUCUAAGAAAAAAGUGAAAAGUGUUAUUUGUAAAUUUAUAAAAAUUUUAUGAAAAAAAUAAAUAAAAUUCAAACAAAAAUCAUAAAUUCAGCCACAACAAACAGAAGUGUUUAAAAAAACCUGUGGGUGUUGAUAAUUGUAUCGUACACACAGUCAGUCACUCAGACGACUUGCAUUUCUGUUAACGUUUGCAAAAAAAAAAAAAACUAAAUACAAAAAAUUACAAAAAUAAAAAAGAAACUAAACAACAAUAAUUAACUGUUUGUUUGUUCUUUUUUUAUAAUUAGUUCUUUCGUUUUAUAUUUUUCAAUUUAACCGACUUUUUAUACAAUAAUGGAUGAAAAGUUAUAAACCCAAUCGAUUGUUUUAAAUAUUAAUAAACAUGAAACACAUCCGAAAAGAUUUAAAUUCAAAUAGAAUAAUUUACAAAAAAUAUGCCAAAAAUUACAGUCACAACAUGAAUAUAUUAACUUUUUUAAAAUCCAACUACAAGUACAAACGAAGAAGCAUACGAUGCCACAUUAGUAACAAAAAACAACGACAAUGGUAUUUGCCAUAUCAUCAGCAAAAACAUCAAAAUAAAAAUCUAAAACACAAACUUCCGGCGCAGGAAGAAGCGAUGACGAAUGAUAAACAAAUUACAAAUAGAAUUCCCUUUUAUGAAAACAUAAAACUUGAUAAAAUUCUAAGAAUAUUAUUUUUAAUUAUGCAACAAGCUAAACCAACAAACAAUAACAACAGCAGCAGUUACUAUAGCAAAAGUAAAAGCGACAAUAGCUGGCUGGUAGCACAACUUGUUGCAAAGAUGAAAACGAGUAAAAAUGCCAACAAAUCGCUGGCCAAUGUAAAUGAAGAUGGAGAUGGUAUCAGUGUAAACCAUCGUGCCUAUAAAGAUGCUAAUAAAGACACCGACGUCAAUGUUGACAUCAGCAAUAUUGCCGAUGAAAUAAGCCAUCAACAACACAAUUAUGACAAAGUGUCAACAAUCACAUCAACACCAAUAAAGUGCCAAAGACGAAAGCAUCACCAGUUGAAAGCGACAAAAUCAGCGUCAUCAUCACAAUCGCAUUCGCACUCGCCAUCGUCAUUUUCAUUGACGACGACACGAACGGCCACGAUGACGCUGACUACGUUGUUAUCAACAUCAUCAUCAUCAUCGAUAGCAAAUUAUGAAACCUGCCAAUGUUCAGUCAUAUUACGUCAUUAUGUUCGCGACAAACCAUCGAUCCACCAACAUCAGUAUCACCACAAAAGCAAACACACUCUACAUCACCACCAGCCACUUCAUAUAAAAUCGUUGACAACCAGUAGAGUGCUAAAUAUCAAUAAUAGCAACAUCAACAAUAGUGGCGUUACCACACCUAGUGCAACUGCUACGGGAACGAGUAUCUAUCAUUCGGUAGAUCAAUAUGUCAAUUCAACCUGGAAUCGCAGCUACACUUUGUCUUGUUUGCUUUUGACGUUAUUUAUCGCCUUCACCAUCGGUGUACGCGGUACGACAGCUGGAGCCUGUUGGCAGACGGUGCUAGACAAUGGUAAAUGCAACGAAAUAUUUUCGUUAAAUAUUAGCAAAAGUGAAUGUUGUGGCGCCAAUCAAGAGUUCGCCUACACUGAACGCGAACCAACAAAUGUUGAGUAUUUUUUCGCGACAGCAAUUGGAGGCGGCAUGGAAUGUUCACCAUGCUUAGAAAGUUGUAGAAACGUUAAGUGUGGACCGAAUAAGAAAUGCGUUAAAAGAAAAGGAAGACCCAAGUGUAUCUGUGCCCCCGAAUGUGGAGCAGCAAGAAGAAAACGUAAGCAAAGAGACCACUUAAUGCUACAGGAACAAGCGCAGCAACAGCAACAACAUCACACUUUACACUUGGUUAGCAGUCAUGUUAACGACGAUAAUGAUGAUGAUGCUGAUGAUGGUGGCUAUUUUCAAGAUGUGUCCGCCACCAUCCAAUCCUCGUAUGACUUUAAAAUUAAGAUAGAAAAAUCACAACAAUCACGCGAUACACGUAGUUUAAGUAGUGAAAUUACAAAUGUUAAUUUAGGCUUAGGAAAUGGCAAAGAUGCGAUGAUUAGCAGCAGUGGCGUAACGUCAUCAAUGGAACGACAUCAUUGCAAAGAACACAAUCAAAACCAAAGAAAAUUAAUACACAUACAUCAUUCACAUGGACAACAGCACCAACAACAACAACCAAAUCAUAAAAACCAGGAGCCAAAAGGCAGUCGAAGACUUUUGAUAACCGCCAAUGUUGAACAUACGGAAAAGCCCACCACUAGACGAUUACAAAUCUUUAGUAAUGUAAGAACAACACAUGCCAGACGGCAUAAUAGUAGCAGCAACAACAACAAUCGUAACAAACAUGAUCAACACGAGGACACUGAUCCCUCAGACUAUAAUGAAGAAGAAGAAGAAGGAAACAACGAAGACUACAACUAUAACGAUGCGGAAGACGAAGCCAAAGAGGCCAAAAAGAAAAAUAAUAACAGCAACAUUAACUUCGACAAUGGUAACAACAACGGUCACGGUAACAACAAGAACAACCGCAACGAUGAAUCAACAAGAUUUUUAAACCAGUCUCCGUCUAGACAUCAGCUUAAAACUAAUACAAAACCAAACAAUAACAACAGAAACAGGAACAGCAACAACAAAAACAAAAACAACAACAGCAGCAGCAAUAAAAACAAAAAUAAAAACCAUCAUGAUUUACAAACAACCAAAAUACAGCAACAUUCUAGUAACAACAAUACCCGCGUUAGACAUUCUCAACAGAAUGGACGUCAUGCUGAGAAUACUCCACAUCAUCGUCAUAAUAAUCAUCACAAUCACCACCAACACCACCACCGUCAGCAGCAACAACAACAACACCAUCACAAUCACCAGCAGCAAAAUCAAAAUCAUGGUAGACAUAAACACAACAACAGCAACAAACAACACCAUAAACAACAGUCCAUUGUAUUGAAAAAGCCAAAGAAUAAUAAGGAUUACAACAUCACAGCCAGCAGCACCACCAAUAAUAUUGGCUUUGAUAUAACUACAAAUAAAGUGAACUCUGCAUCUAAUACAGAUACGGAUACAACUGUAACUGAUGUUUAUGCGUCUUCUACUAUGCACCAGUCGGGAAUAGUUAAAUCGUCAACAACAGCAACAUCAUUGAAUAUAUCAUCACUAUCAGCAGCACUUGCAACAACAACAACAGCAGCAUUUAAUUCAAACCCAGAGUAUACACAAUCACAGCUGUUGUUGUCUUCCUUUCCUUCGACCACUCCUGUAAAUUCCACAAUGUCUGCAGAUGAUGGUGCAGCUGCCGACGAUCAUAAUCAUAGUCGUUUACCAAAUCACGGAAGUAAAAUAGCUGCGUCAUUCUUAUUAUCAUCAUCAUCAUCAUUGCCAUCGCCAUCGUCUUCAUCACAUUUACAAACGUCUGCAGUUUCUGCACGUUCCUCAUCCGAAUCGGCAGUUGUAACAAUGUCUGCUAAAGGCGAAGGUGUUUUGCAUCAUGAUCAUAAACAUCGUAUUGAAAUACCAAUGAAAACAGCAUCCAACAACAAUAAUAACAACAAUGACAAUAAAAUUUUAACGUUACACUCGAAUUUGCAUAAUAAUCAACAACUGCAGCAGCAACAGCAAGACCAACAGCAGCAGACACAUCCACAAUUGCAAGCACAACAACACCAACAACGACAACAUUACCAGACUCCUUUGUUUGAUGGCAUUUCUGAACAAUUUGAUUUGAUUGGAUUUCCAAAUAAGCAACAACAACAGCAGCAACAAACAGUAACGAAUGGAGAUAAUGUUAAACCUCUAAACCCAGUGUGUGGAACUGACGGUCGCACCUACAAUACUGAAUGUCAAUUAAGGAAACGGGCAUGUAGGACAGACAACCCUAAUUUGCAAAUUGCAUAUCGCGGUCAUUGUAGAACAACAUGCAACGGUGUUAAAUGUUUAAAUGGAUUAAUCUGUGUUGAGGACCAGUAUUCUAUGCCACAUUGUAUAGCAUGUAAAAUAGAAUGCCCACAGGAUGAUUAUGAGAAUGAUGCCGUUGAUGCAACGAAAGCUGUUUGUGGCGCCGAUGGUAAAACUUACAAGAGCGCAUGUGAUAUAAAUCGUAUGAUUUGUAAAAUUGGUCGCUCCAUUGGUGUAGCAUAUCCGGGACCAUGUCGAGAAGAUCAAGUAACUUGCGAUGACAUUAAUUGUGGACCUAAACAAGUUUGUCUAAUUGACUUGUUAACACACAAACCCAGAUGCACCUCAUGUCGUUACAAAUGUUCACGCAAAAGACGUCCAUCGUCCCCCCACUAUGAAGAAGGAAAAAUUUGUGGUGUUAAUAAUCAUACUUACAAUUCUUGGUGUGAAAUGCGUAAAGAUUCUUGUUCCACUGGCUUUUAUAUUGAUGUUAAGUAUUCUGGAGAUUGUCAUUAAACAUAAAACAUGCAUUCGAAGGAGUUGUUUUAUAUUAAAAAUCUGUUUAUUUUUUUUAAAGAACUUGUACCCAGCAAAAACUUACAUUGAAAAAGAAUGCGUUAAAAGGCAAAAAACUACUCAUUAGCAUUUUAACUCAUUAUUUUAACGCGGUGAUGGCAUUGGAAGCAAGUGCUUACCACUCUCGCUUACAAAUAAGUUAUUAAAUAAGUACUUACAAAUUGGGAGUUUUCUGUUUUGCGCACAAAAAAAAUUGGGCUUCUUGUUCGUUAUUCUUUGUCUUGCUUACAACACCACUGCCUAGUGCUGGUAAAAUACAGGGCGAUCAAAUAAUAUGUGCAAAUAAAACGGCAAAACUCAAAAUAUAUGUAUAUUUGAUUAUACAGACUUUAUGUAGUAGUUAUUGAAAAGUAUGUAGAUGUGUAAGUGCAAGUCAUUACCGAGUUUUUGCCGGGUAAGUACGUAUAAAUUUAAACCUGUUACGAGGAGCAAGGUUCGCAAUAUUUUGUUUAAUUGUACGCUUAUUUCUUGGAAUUCUACGAAAACUACAAUUAUCAAAAUCCACGUUGCAACCAAAGAGGAUAAUAAAAGAGAUUUGUUCCAUCUAAAUAUGUAAAUCAGUAGAAAGUAUUAAAUCAAAAUAGUGUUUUUUAUAGGGUAUUAAUUAAUUUUAAAACUUUUUGGAAAUUGUUGUUUAAAUGUUUUCCUAUUUUUUUUUUAAUUUUUAGAAACUAAUUUAAAUUUAAAUUUUUUUUAACUUUAAAAAAAUUCAAAUUCUGUGCAUAAAUGAGACAUGAAUACAAUCUCCAAAAACCCAAAUUAUUGACCAUAUUUCCGGCAAAUCUCGAAGAUAAAAUUCUUUUCCUAUAUGAAUGUACAUAUUUUACAUACAUAUAUACAUAUAUCAAAUAAGACGUCUCCCGAGCAACUUAAUUUUGAUAUAUAGUACAUAUUGGUUAUGUAUAUGUAUUAAACAAAGUAGAAUCCGAUUUAUAUUCAAAACUCUAGAAAAAUCAUGAUUUUAUGCGAAAUUUUGUUUAUAUUUUCGAUAUUUUUUAAUCGAUUUGGCUAAAAUGAAGAAAUGGGCUUCUUGGGUGCCUCCUCCAUAUGUUAGUUGGUAGUUUGUCAGUAUAUUUUAAUAAAAACUUCUCUAAAAUUAUUAUUCAUGAUCAAUUGUAACUCAAAGUACUUAAAUGGUCAAUUAAAAUUUACACUUCUUAAAACAUUCCAAUAUAUUUUUUGUCCAAUGAAAUUUUUCAGAAACAUCGGAAAUAAAGUUUGCAAUAUCUCUAUUGAGGCCCCAGUUGCAUCAGUAAAAUCGGUCAAUAAGUUUCGGAUCUAUGAUCAAAAUUCCGAAAAAAAUGGAACAGAUUUCAACUUUUUUAUUGCCUUUUUGAUUAGAGGAUGUAAAAUUGUACAUUUGAAAAAAUAAAUUGUCAAUAAUAUAUCUGUUCCCGUAUUCGUCAAAAGUAAUCAGAAAAACAACAAAAUACAUUGAAAUUAAUACGGAAACGACUUAUUGUCUUUUUUAAUUUAAUGAGCAAACAAAAAGUACUCGUUAUUAAGGCUUUUAAAAGACGAAUGUACGAAUACUCAUCUUCUACUUACAUAUUUUUGGAGCCAAACAGCUAGCGGUCAAGAUCAAAAAAUAAAUACAUAAAUUUUUUGCAUUUUUUACAUUUACAUUUUUUCAUUAGAUAUAAAAAAGUGACCAUAAAAAUAACAUAUGUAAAUUAAGGUGGGUCGAAAAAGUUUUUUGCUCGAAUCAGUAAGAAAUCUAAAAAAUUCAAAAUUUUGUCAUUGAUACCGGUUUUAAGUUUGUCGAUUUCAGGGAGAGCUAGAGAAGUAAUUCUUUUUGAUGAUAAAAUCAAAAUUUGUCUUCACAACAUAUAGUUCCACACUUCUGCUGGAACACAGCCCAUUGUGCGAGCUCUUACCCUUAACAUAAAUUAAUGAUAUUCUACAGUUUUUAAAUUAAAGUUAUAAGGCAACAUAACUUCAUAAUGAGAAAUUGAUUGAAGUUAAAAACUUUAUUAGACCCUCCCAACAUACAUACAUAUCUAAAGAGGCUUAAAUAAAUGUUAAUGUUUUUUUGUUACUUUUUCUAGUAUCAUUUUUAUUUUUAAAGACUUAUUUCCUUAUAAUAAAGUUUUUUUAAAUUAUUUUUUUAUUAAUUGUCAUUUAAAACAGGCUCUUAAAAGUAAUCCAUCAUAGUUAAUAGUUUCUUUAGAACAUUUAGUUUGAAAAAAGUUGAAUUUUAAGUUACGACACGCUUCGAGCAAAUGAACGAUAUUAGAAAUACAUUUGUUUGUGAUUAGUAUUUGCGACCACAGAUUUAUGUUGCAAAACUGAUAUGUUUUUGUUAUUAGUAUACUGCUGGUUAUCAAGUGGUGAUAUAAUCUAAUUUAAGCGUUCUGGUGCUCUGCAUUCUAAUUAUUUACUAUCCACUUUUAAAGAAUUUUAAUGAGUCUUAUAUGUAUUAAAAAUAUAUUAGUAAUUAUAACAUAAUUAAAAAAAUUAAACUAACAAAAAAUAAUUUAAAAAUGUCCAUUAGCAAUUGAUGUAACAAAAUAUUAAACAAUACGAUUAAAAACAAUAUGGGGUUUAACUGAGACAAGUAAGUAUAAUUAACAAAUAUUUAAUCAGCUCUUUACUUAUAAAUUAAAUGAUAGAACUAAAACAAAUUGAUAAUGAAAUCGGCUUACAAGAAUUCGAAAAAUAUAAUAUUUUAAAUAAUUUAUUUGGAUGUCUAUGAAUUUGUCUUAAAAUUUAGAAUAUUAUUUCAGUUUUACCCCACAUUGUAAUACAUUUUCUAAUAUGACUGAUAGCAUAUCUUGAAUAUCUAUACUUUACAAACAUAAAUAAAUUAAAGAAAUAUUUAAUAGUAAAAAAUUUAAUAUCGAUAUAUAUAAAAUAUUAUAUAUAAAAAUCAUUUGUUAAC